CAGAAACGGUUCUUUGACAUCCCUUCCUAUUAUAAAUAAAAUAGAAACGUCAAUAGCUUUCGCGGUUCUUGUUGACAACCAAGAUGGUCUGCAAGGUCACUCCAAAUUCAGGUCAGAAGAAUAGCGAGGUGGAGACAGCGACCAGCUUAAAACGAACUAAACGGAAGGAUAAAAACUUCAUAGAUUUGACGGAACGGAAGGAUGAAAACUUCAUAGAUUUGACGGAAAGGAAUGAUAAAAACUUCAUAGAUUUAACGGAAAGGAAGGAUGAAAACUACAUAGAUUUGACGGAAAGGAAUGCUAAAAACUUCAUAGAUUUGUCAGGAAGGAAGGAUGAAAACUUCGUAGAUUUGUCGGAAAGGAAGGAUCAGUGGACUGAAGUUCUUUCAUCGGAGCCAAGAGCUUCCAUGUAUCACAAUUUUCUGUCAAAAGAAGAAUGUGAGCAUUUGAUCAAUCUUGCCAAGCCUUUCAUGCAAAGGUCACUUGUUGUCGAUGGCGUAACCGGACAGGGUAUACUAAACAGCGUUCGAACUAGUUCAGGAACAUUUCUGGAGAGAGGAAAAGACAAAAUUGUGCAGAAUGUUGAACGGAGAAUUGCUGAUAUUACCUCCAUACCAAUAGAGAAUGGAGAGGGACUUCAGAUUAUUCACUAUGAAGUCGGGCAGAAAUUUGAGCCUCAUUACGAUUACAACUUUAAUUGGAGAAUCACCAACAAUGGAGGUCCACGAGUUGCUACAGUCCUUAUGUAUCUGUCUGACGUUGAAGAAGGUGGUGAGACUGUAUUUCCUAAUGCUAAGCCCAACUUUAAUUCUGUAUCCAAAUAUCAUCCUGGAAAGGGUUUAGUAGUGAAACCGAAAAUGGGCGAUGCUCUGCUGUUUUGGAGCGUUAAGCCAGAUGGCUCACUAGAUACAGCUAGCUUACAUGGUGGUAGCCCAGUAAUUAGAGGAAGUAAAUGGGCUUCAAAUAAGUUGCUGCAUCUUACGGAGUUCAAAGUUUAAAGGAUGAGGCAAUUGUUCUCCUCAAAUAGGGGUCCGAAUUUUACUUGCGAUUUAUCAAAUAUUAAGUGAAGUUUGUGCCCAAAAUCUAAGUUCUCAGUUAUGUUUGACUUGAUAUGUAGGAUUGUGUAGGAGGAUGUAUUGGUAUUUAUUGUAU